CAGCCCAUCCUAGCUGUGGCUGCUGGAAGAGCUCAGGUUAGCUUCACCUGCUCUGUCUUGGAGACGCUUCACAGCAGAAAGGCCUAUAAAGGCACCUUGCUGAUCUUUACAUCUCUUGGUAAUUCUUCUGCAUUCUGUUUAUUUUUUUUUCUCUCUAGCUGGCUGAUCUAGUCAAGCAUCAUCAGUCCUUGAAUGCCCCAGGAAUUACCAGUGCGAUGGUCUCCCAUGCCCAAGAGUUCCAGACCAAAGAGGAUGUCUACUGCUUCGCCUUAGCAAAGGCCCUGUACAGUGUGCCCACGCCAGUGACUGUCGGGUUUUAUGCACCAUGGGGACACUGCAAAAACCUGCUCUUACAGACAAUCCAGCAGUACAUGGUUAGCGAAUCAACAAAGAAAGACCAGCAGGAACUUCAGCGGACGGGGAAAAAGCAGCGUGGGAGCUCUGGCCGGGAUCUGCUCAAGCUCCUGUUUCUCAUGAUCUUCUAUCAGCCGGUCCUGACGGUGCAGCAGAAGCAGAGAAAGAACGUCCAGCAUGUCUUCAUCCAUUUCAGUGCCUGGGAGUAUGCGGGCAGCGACCAGCUGUGGGCAGGCCUCAUCACCACGCUGUGUGAUGGCAUCGAAAGACACUUUGGUCUCCUACCCGUGAGCAUUUACAGGGCCAUAGGCAGGAAAUGUGGCAUCAUCGAGAGACCAGGGGAUCAGGAAUGGGUUAGCAAGAAGUACCUCUGCCUCCCCCUGUGGGCUGCUGUGAUCCUUGUGACCGUGGUAGCUAUUGGGGUGGGCGCUCUCCUCCUAGUGGUUGGGAUCCCCGUUGGGGAUGCCUCGGGAGACGCAAUAGCUGUCGUGGAGGGCAUUGGGGCGACGGCCGUUGGUGUCUCUGCGGCCGCUGCCGUUCGGAUUGCCAUCAUGGUGGUACGAAACGUCAUCGUUACCCAGAAGACCCAGCUGGAGAGACAGAUGAAUCGGACAGAUCUCAGCGCUCAGCUGGGCUUCAUGAGCAGCGUUAAAAGCGAAGUGAGGACAGUCACCAGGUUCCUUCAGUUCAUGCAAAUCUUCCAGCGGCGGAAGCUGCAGGUGGUGCUAGAGAUCACCCACUUGGACAGGUGCAGCCCUGACAAGGUGGUCGGCGUCCUGGACGCCAUGAACAUCCUCCUCUCGGACUAUGAUGCUCCUUUCAUCUCCAUCCUGGCUGUUGACCCGAGCAUCAUCGUCGACUGCGUGGAAAGCUCCAUGUACAUGAAGGGCAUGGCCAACAACGGCUACGAGUUCUUAAACCGCAUCGUCACCCUGCCCUUCUCUGUCCCUCGGAUGGACUGUGACACCAAGCUGAGACUGAUCAGGGACAUCACCGAGCGCCGGAAGCGGCAAGAGAAAGACCUAGAGGAGGAGGUAGGUUUCCAGCAGGGUCCCAAGAUGGAAGCUAACUCCAACUUCCUCUCAGUCCCUUGCUACAAUUCUGCCAACCAUGAUGCAGAGAAUCCAGGUGCAGAUGACAGCCAGAUACCUCUCAUUGUCCGAGACCUCAGAACCCAGGAACCAGGACCCAGUGGCUAUGGGAAGGGCAUCAGAGCCAAAGACCUCAUUCAAGAAGCUUUUGACUACCUUCUGGAUGACUCCUUGAAGGAAUACAUGACAGACAAUGUGGUGCAGAUGCGACGGAUCGUGAACACCAUCACCAUCACCAUCAGGCUCCUGGCAAGUAACGUCCCCAAGGACGAGGUGUGUCCAAAGAAGGUGGUGGACUGGGUGCUCCUUGCCAACCAGUGGCCAUGCCGUCUGAGCUGGGUCUUGCAGUGCAUCGAGGACGAGGAGCAGAGGAGCAGCCUGGGUUGCUGCCAAGGAAGCCCACUCCCCCCGGACAUGUUCCUGUGGGAGGUCUAUGAGAAGUACAUGGAAGAGCUGGACAUGCUUAAAGGCCAGAUGGAAAAACUUCUGGAACUGGACCGGGAUCCUGAGCUCUUCCACAACUUCCUAUGUGGCAGGUUUCGGGUGAAGGAGGCCCUCUUCUACUUGCCCUACACGGUCAACUUAGACCUGUCCUUGAAAAGGCAGAUGGAGCUGCAACGCGGCAGUCACAGCUUGAAACGGACAAAGAAGUUCAACAAACUCACCGCGUGCACCCUGCUGGGUAUGACGGUGGAUGAUGUCUGCAGAGAGAUGGACACAGUUGGCUUUAAGGAAGAAAACGUCCAGGAGUAUAAACGGAGGCUGAGGGACCAUAAUCUAAAUGGACGUGCCCUGGUUUACAGCGACAACAAUGAAAUCAGAGAAGCCCUCGGCAUGAACCUUGGUGAAUGGACGCUCUUUAGCAUAUAUUUCCUUGGAGUUCUUCCCCAGCCGAGUUCUGUUGCAUCCUCCGUCCCGUUAUAUGUCAGGCAGGAGGCUCAGAAGAACAUGUUUGGCUUAAGGGAGAACGUGGUUAGAGGGAGCAGGCUGUCUUUGAACAUCUCCAGGGAAGAUCUUCAGGAGAAGAGAGAAAUCUGAGUCCUGUACAAAACUGGAAGCAAGAUCUGGACUUUCCCCAUCAUUGUACCUCUCUGCACCAUCAAGGACAUGUCACGGACAAAGCAAUAAAGUGGCUAUGGAAUAGUUAGUGAUGUGAAUGGGGCACUAUAGUAUAUCUGAGGGAUUUGGGGCACAUUCCUGUCAACAUAGUAGAUCUUCAGACACUGGAUGUCACAGUAGUUUUGUCUGGUUAGUACAGCAGGAGACUGGGAACCAGAACUUCUGGGAUCUAUUCCUAGUGCUGCCCCUGGCUUCUUGUGGUUUUGAGCAAGUUGCUCCUUCUUUCUGGGUCUCCAUUGCCUCAUCUGCAAAAUGGGUUUAGUGCACAUUUUAGUGCAUGUGUUAGGAAAGUAACAGUGCAUGUGUUAUAUGCACUAACUGUACUGGAGCAUUAAGGGCAAAACUUGCCCCUUCCGCUGUGUCCCCAGGCACAGUGGAACCGGGGUGAUCGCCCCGUGAAGGUGGCACAGUCCAGGGAGCUCUUUCAUGCCAUCGGUGCUAUCCCUCGCAUCAGAGCAUGGGGAGCGAGGCAAGAGCAGAGGCCUGUGGAUUCAUAUUUCCACAGAUCUAUUGGGUUGGAUUCCAAUCUCACCCUAUUGUAAGUCAGAAGUGAUGGAAGAGGACCAUCCAGCCUUCUGUCUACAAAGCACUACGCCAAGAUUAACCAGUUAAUUCUCAUGCACAACAUGGGAGAUGGGUAACUGUUUUUAUCCCCUCUUUACUUAAGAGGGGCAUGGAGCAAGGAGUAGGGACAGCUCCAGGGUUAUAUAGCAAGCCAGUGCUGGAUCUGGGAAUAGAACCCACGAGUCCUGGCCCUGCAUUUUGGACUCAUGACUCCGGACAGGAGAAGCUUUUAUACAGAGUCCCUUUUCUGCCUAUAAGAGCACUUCCAGGCCCAAAUCCUGCUCCCAAGGCAUAGCACAAGCAGCUAAACCUGCCCUGGAGAACUCCUCUUGGGCUGACGGCUGGGGGGAAGAAUUCUUGCUAAGGGUACGUCUAUACUUACCUCCGGGUCCGGCGGUAAGCAAUCGAUCUUCUGGGAUCGAUCCCGGAAGUGCUCGCCGUGGACACUGGUACUCCUGCUCCGCGUGAGGAGUACGCAGAGUCGACAGGGGAGCCUGCCUGCCUGCUGCGUCUGGACCCGCGGUAAGUUCGAACUAAGAUACUUCGACUUCAGCUACGUUGUUCACGUAGCUGAAGUUGCGUAUCUUAGUUCGAAGUGGGGGGUUAGUGUGGACCAGGGCUUAGAAGCCUUCGAACCACGGUUGGGCUGCUUCUGUAGCAGAAUCAUCCACAUUACCUGUGACACUCCCCCCUCCCCCCCACCCCACCCUCACAAACAUGAUGAUGGGAGGUAACUGGUUCCACGGAGGGCCUGGCUGUCUACACAGGAAGGUAACCAGUGAAUAUUUUUGUGUUUAAUAAAAUUGUUAACAAGUGGUCCUUUCCUGAUCUCUUUCCUGGAGAGGCUUUAGGAAUUUGGGGCACCCACCCCAAAAGCAUCUCAGCACCAGGCUUGGCAGAAAUCAGUUUUUUUUGUUUUAUAAUUUUGAUGGAUAAUAUUGUCACGGAGUCACAGGCCAUGUGCUCUGGAAUUGCUCUGUAUGAAGCCAGCCAGGACUCUAGUGUAGUGUGCCAUGAAGUCUUUUCAGCUAAGGCCUUCCUGGGUCUGGCCUCGGAGCAUUUAGCACCCCCAUGCACUUCCUGCAGCAGGGUCCACCUGGCUGGGACCCUGGGAGAAGCCAGAGGGACCCUGCACCCCAACUCCGCAGUCAGCCAUGACUCUCAGCCAGCAUAUAAAACAGAAGGUUUAUUAGUCAACAGUAACAAAGAGUAGAACAGAGCUUGUUAACACAGAAAGCAGGACCAUUCAGUAAAGUCCAUCUUGGGGGGGAGGGAACGCCAGAGCCUUGAGGUCCUGACCCUCCCCCUUGAGCCCCAAAAUGGAAGACUGCUCUGCUUCCAGCAGCCACACCUGUUGCCCCAUCUCAGUUCUCUGUCUUACUUCCUGGACAAAGUGUCACCUGGUUGCAUCUCCCUCCUGGUUCUCCGGUUACAAAGGGGAUUGGCCACUGCCUACGUACAGGCAGCUGGAGAAGCCUCACCUAUCCUUGAGGAUCUCAAUUCUUAUUCUU